AUGUCGCUUCUCUUUUGUCAGAACAUUCCUGCGGACAGAACUCGAUCGCAAGGAGCCCGUUCUGACCCCCAGGAAUCCGACGGUAAACUCAUGCAUCACCGUGACCCUCUUGAUUCACCUUCUAACCCUUGCGUCUCAGAGCCCCCAAAUAACAGGCUCAGUCCAGAACUCAAUGAAGCAUCUGUGCAAUCUUCUUCAGAACAACCACAACCCGAGCUCCGGCCUCUCACAUCUCUCAGGUGGCCGUACGUACCUGAAGAAUCAGCGUACCCUGAUCCUCUCAAGCGCGAUGACCCCAAGCCUUUACAAAUUCCCCAGUACGAAGCCAUAGCAACCUCCCCUGCAAUCCGCCGUGCCCUGGUCUCAAAUCCACAACUGCCCACCCUUCUCCGCUCUAUCGAUCGACUUCGUGGUCCGGAGCGCGAAGAAGCCCUCGAGCACGCACUUGGGAUUGCACCAGCAGAUCGCCAAGCUCCGGCUCAGCCCGAGGAAGACACGCGCGCCUUACGAAUGCUGGCGGAAGCUGUUGAAGCUGCUGUGAGAGGCGGGAAGCAGGACGUUCUGGGUCUGGACUGGGGAGAUUAA